CACACACACACGCACGCACGAACGCACACAUUUUUUUCUUUUUUUUUUUUGUAAUAUUUUUUAUCUUUAUCGUGUUAAACCGACUGGCCCUGUGGACACUCUACCAAACAGACACUACUGCAGACAGAAAGAGGCUAUUAGGAGUUCAGUUCCAGGUAGAAUUGUGGCGGCCGUUGAACUGGACACUGAAAUCACGUCCAGUAACAACCAUAACCAUAACAACCACAGCACUUCUGACAUUCUAAACGGUGCGGGCCAGCAAUGCCCGGUCGCUAUGGAUGUGGUAGCGGCCAAGAUAAUAGCCUUGGUUAUCCUAACAGCGCUGACCAUGAUGGCUGGCCUGCUACCGGUGAAAUUGGUGAAAUUUGUCGGCAAGUCCUUAAUUAAAAUGGACGGAACCAUACAGUACCUUCUUAAUGGAUCACGUUGUUUUUCUGGUGGCGUAUUCCUCGCGACAUGUUUUCUACAUCUGAUACCCGAAACUCGUGAUAAGGUGAAAGAAGUGAUGAAAUACCUCGGCUCCACAUCGCAGUACCCGGUCGCUGAAUUACUGACAAUGUCCGGGUUUUACGCCGUGUUGUUUGUCGAACAAAUAAUUCAGCUGGUCUACAGAAAAAUGCGAAGUCAGUCGCGAAAGAUGGUCGGUGGUGAAAACACAAACCCACACACGAUGCACAACCAUCAUCCGGGUGGUAGUCUAAGUAUGAGUGCCCCCAUGGGAAAUCUAAGUUCGACCCCUCUGGGGGGUUUCAGUGUCAGCGGAGGUCUGAUGGGCAGUGGUGCCGGCGGUGGUAUGAGCAGUGGACUUGGAAAUAUUCCUAACAACGGAACCGGCGGUUGUGGUAUAAGCGGAGGGGUUUUACCUCGGGAAAUAUUACCCACCACCGAAGAACUCAGCUUAAAUUCGCUGUCCAACGAGGAAUACAAUACAGGAACUGUGAUAGAAGCCAACGUCGAAAUUCAAGACGGUGUCGCUGCCGAGGCUGAAUCAAUUGACUCGAUAUCGAUGCAGGAAUUCGAACUAAAACGUGUAGUCGAUGAACUAAAAAACCCUGACGCCGAUCGGCAUGUUUACAUUCGCUCAAUCAUCUUUAUUAUAGCUCUUUCUUUCCACGGAAUUUUCGAGGGAAUGACCCUCGGAUUGCAAAGUUUACAAAGCAAUGUAUGGACCCUAUGUUUCGCUAUUGCAGUGCACAGGUGUGUCCUGGCAUUCGGCAUGGGAUACCAGCUGACCAAAGAGAACGAAGGACAAGGUAUGGCAUGUUUCUGUGUUGGUUGUUUUACUCUCAUUCUUGGAAUUGGUAUAAUCACAGGAAUUUCUAUAUCAUCAAGCACAAAACUGUACAGCCACGUCAACGUGCCCGAUGCCAUUCUGCAAAGUGUGGCGACUGGGACAAUUUUUUACAUCAUAUUCUUUGAUAUACUUUUUAAAGACUUACAGGGCCACGACGACUUGAGAAGAAUAUCGUGCACGUUUGUCGGGUUUUGUAUGAUGGCUGUCAUAUUUGCCAUAUCUCGGUCAUGAAGAGUUUAAACAGGACUCAUUUUUAUGUAUAUAUGUGAAUAAUGUAUGUGUUUGUGUGUGACCAAAUGCGAAAACAAAUUGAACAGGAAAUAUAAUGAAAGGACAAGACAAAGACGACUUAUAUUCCUUUUAAAUGAGAGAAAUUAUACAUUCUUAAUAAGGCUGUAAUGUAAAUAGAACAAUUACAAUAUUAACAUUAUUAUUUUUAUUUUUAUUACUAUUGAUAUUCUUAUUCUUAUUCUUCUUAUUAUUAUUACAGUUAUUAUUAUAUUUAUUAUUAUUAUUAAUAUUAUAUUGAUCAUUA